ACUAGGGGAAACGGUAUCCAUGGCAACACGCUCUUCUAUUUUCCUCCCCCAAAGAAUCCACUGAGAGUCGUAAAAGGCUCCCAGUUCGGCAAAUCCCAAGUAAGCCCUCCUCCAGUUGCCGCAGGCUACUCGGGCGGGUGGCUUCUCGGGAAACAGGAAUUUCAGGAGUUCGAAGAGCUGGUACCCCAAAGAGACUGAGGAGGAGGGAGGAGGGGGGCGGGGCGAGGCCGGGCAUGCCGCGAGAAACUACAUAUCCCAGCAUGCAACGUCCCCAGAACUACACCUAGCUGCAUGCCGGGAAAGCUCCUGGGCGUGCUUCCUGGGCAGCCAUGUGCGUACUCUUAACUUCUCGUGGGCUUGCGGGCGCUCCGGACUCUCGCCCCAGCCCUUCGAGCCUGGCCUCCCAGCAAACUCCCCGUCCUUGGGAACCUGGCUUGGAGGAGGGGGGGAGCAAAAAACAAGUGUGAAGUUUGCCUACCCUCCCUCGGUUUGCAGUCCUACCCCCCUCCCCCCAUCCUCCCGCCUGACCCUCUCUAUAUAAGUGACAGUCAUGGCUGUAAAGCUGGGAGGGACCUCGCAGGCGGUUCAGUCUUACGUCCUCCUUUGACAGAUGAAGAAACUGAGGCCCAGAAAGGGUAAAUGACCUGUUAGGAGCAUAAGUCCUGGGCUGGAAGGGACCUCAGAGGUCAUCCAGUUCAGCGCCCCUCAUUUGACAGUAGAGGAAACUGAGGCCCAGAGCAGUGAAGCUACUGGCCCCAAGGUCACACAGCUCCUUUAAAGGGGGGACAGCUCUGUAAUCUCAAUGUCAUUUCCUCCCCCAGCAUGUAGGGAGCACCUGCCGUCAAAGCUGCUUCAUGUCCUCUGGCUGGAAGUCUGUGACACCCUCCCAGAUUCGCUUGGAAGGAAGGCUCGUGACUUUCCCUCUCCUCUCAGGGAAAUUCUGUGCUUGUGAGCUGUCCCAGGCUCACCACCUCAGCUGUGUUACCUUGGGCUGGUCUAGGCAUGCUCAGUUUACCUGGGGUGGAAUGGACUGUAUGCCCUCCUGCUGUGAGCGGGGCAGCCUUCUUGGAUUGACUGCCUUUUGUCUUUAAAACUGGUUGUUUCAACUCUGACCUCUCUAUUGAUUGUAAGUUGCUAAGCAAGAAAUGAACUACAUUGGAAAAGAAGUUUAACUUUGCUGGUGCCAAAUGUUAUUGGGGGAUGUCUCAGAAGCAUUGACGGCUAAGAGCCAAGUCACCUUGCAUUUCCUCUGAGUCCAACUGUGUGAAUUCUUGAGCCCCAUGAAAUAUUUCAGAAGCCAAUUGAAAUAAUGGAGAAGAAUCCUCAGUCUGUCUCAAAGCCUCAGCCCCCCAUCCGGCUUUAUGUGUGUUCCACGAUAAAGGAUUUCCAAGAAGAAAGAGAUUUUUUGGCAAACAACAUCUUCCCCCAGCUUAAUGAACUCUGCAUUUCCCGGGGGACGUAUUUCAAGGCUAUUGACCUGAGGUGGCCAGCAUCUGAAGCUCAUGACCCUCUCUGCCCUACCUUUCGUAGGCAUUACUGCAGCCUGCAGUCCCAGCAGCUGAAGCUUUGCCUUGAUUACAUCAACAGCUCAUUCCCUUUUUUCCUUUGCAUGCUGGGCCAGACCUAUGGAGAAUUCCUCCGUGAGGAUACAAAUUUCUUGCCCACUGGCUCCCCCGACCUGCCAGGGCUCUCCAAGGUGGAAAAGAACCUAUAUGUUGCAGCCCACAACGGCUACCCUUGGGUCCUGGAGAAUUUCACCUGCAGCCUCACAGAGCUGGAAGUGAUCCAGGCAGCCUUUAUGAAGGAUUCCCAGUUUCAGUAUUACUAUUUUUGGACUGGUGCCAUGCUACUGAAAGCAUUAGAACAGGAAAAGGGAAAGAUUACCUGUCCGCAAUCCCGGCAGAAGGAUUAUGAGAAACGGCGGAUCGGCGAGCUCAAAGCCAAGAUCAUUAGCAAAGGGCUGCCGGUCAGGUUUUACAGAGAUCUCCAUGAGCUAGGCCAAUUGGUUUUCAAAGACUGGUCAGCUGUGAUAGAAAAGCUUUACCCUGCUUCCGUUCUGCCAGAAAAUGUAGACCACGAGUACAACUUUGAACGUUCUUAUCAUGAAGCUUUUACUGUAAAGUGCCGGAAGGUGUUUGUGUUGUCUAAAGAAUCGAAACAAGCAUUUGACGCUUUGGGAAAAUUUGUGAUGAGGGAUCCUCAAAAUGAGAUGGGCAAACAGGAAUCUGGCAGCUCUCUGGAAUCUGUCCUCAGAAUCAGGCCUAUUGUACCAACCAAGUCAAUUCUGCUUCUGUCUGGAGAACGUGGCUGUGGGAAGUCAACAUUGAUCGCAACUUGGGUGAAUUCUUUCAGAGAGAGGAAUCCCAGCACGUUAGUAAUCCCUUAUUAUGUAGGAAGCAGUUGUGACCAUAGCGACAUCAUGUCUGUGAUGCAUUACUUCAUCACUGAAUUACAGUAUAAGCAAUUCGGUACUCAGAUUGAAACUGAUCUCGUUAAUGAAGACUCCAAAGUAUGGGUUUUUUCACUGCUUGUAGAAUUAUUCUUAGCCUCCAUCAGUUUAAAGCCAUGUGUAUUAGUACUAGAUGGAAUUGAAGAACUGAUUGGUGUUUAUGGAAUUUCAGGACAGAAGAGAAAUAUAGCUCAAGAAAAAAACCAUGCCUAAGUCCUUUGAAAGUUGCAAUUUUGGCCAAUGAGUUUCAAGAAUGUCGACUCUACAGAGACGAGUCAGAAUGUAUUCAGGAAUACUUGGAAGUGCUUUCUAUCCAGGAGCUAUGGGAAUUAAUUCUCAAGUGAUGGGUUGAGAACUACAGUUGGAUUAUCAAACCCAAAAAGGUAGUAUCACCUCUACCAGAUACUAAAAGCCGUAAGUACAUUUUCUAAUGAGAGUUUGUAUCUUUUGUGUCCCAAAGUAGCGGUACGAACAAAGAUGGAGUGAGAGACACUCUCGGACCUGUGGUAGUCUGAGAUAGAAGGGAAUGAAGCUGUUUAAUUCAAUUUGGCAAACCCAUUUAUUAAAUACUUGCUGAACACAGAGUACUGUAGUUGGAGGUUUGCCAUACAAAGUUUAAAUAGGUCAUAUAGUCCCUACCCUCAUGGAGGUUGUUGGGUUAGGGAAACAUGCCCUACAAAAACCACAGCAAACCUGACAUGUAAAGUGACACCUGAUGAGCACCUCAAACAGGUGAAGCAAAGGGUUAUCAAUGUUAUGGAAGGACCGAGGAGAGGAUGGCUGUUC